AUGACCAGUCUCUUUCGUGGUUUCAUAGCAUUUCUGGUUGAAUGUUUCUCCCCAUCUGCUCUCCUAUUGCAGUGUCGUACAGUGAAGAUCACCAUCCUCGGGGAUGAGGGGGUGCCGGUGCAGGUGGACGGAGAGGCCUGGGUCCAGCCCCCGGGGUACAUCAAGAUUAUCCACAAGAACCGCACCCAGACUCUCACCAGAGACCGAGUGAGUACACAUCUAUGGGGUCCCACAAAUGCUUUAUUUCUAGGGCCUCGAGUUUUGCCUGAGCAAGUGACCUGACCAAGUAGGAUCCAGUUUUUCCAGGUCCGGUCGUGGUCCGGAAAUACUCGGCAUCCUAACAUUGGCCUUCAACCUAACAAAUUGUGACUCAUUCCGUGAAUACGCUAUAUAUUAAAUUUCAGUGCAAAUUAAGGGAAAAGGCACAGCUUCUCCACAGUUCUGCAGUUGUAAUUGACAUUUGGAUUUAUUAUGGAUUCCCAUUAGCUGCUGCUAAAUUAAGGCAGUUAUACAAUUUUUAAAACAUUACAAUAUAUUCACAACAGAUUUCACAACACACUAAGUGUCUGCCCUCAGGCCACUACUCUACUAGCACAUAUCUACAACGCAAAAUCCAUGUGUGUGUAUAGUGCGUAUGUUAUCAUGUGUAUGCAUGUGUCUGUGCCUGUGUUUGUGUCUCUUCACAGUCCCUGCUGUUCCAUAAGGUGUAUUUUUAUCUAUUUUUAAAUCUAAUUUUACUGCUUGUAUGAGUUACCUGAUGUGGAAGACAUCAAAACUAUGAAAUAACACAUAUGGAAUCAUGUAGAACAAAGAAAAAGUGUUAAACAAAUCCAAAUAUAUUUUAGAUUCUUCAAAUAGCCACCCUUUGCCUUGAUGACAGCUUUGCACACUCUUGGCAUUCUCUCAACCAGCUUCAUGAGGUAGUCACCUGGAAUGCAUUUCAAUUAACAGGUCUGCCUUCUUAAAAGUUACCUUGUGGAAUUUCUUUCCUUCUUAAUGCGUUUGAGCCAAUCAGUUGUUGUGACAAGGUAGGGGGGGUAUACAGAAGAUAGCCCUAUUUGUUAAAAGACCAAGUCCAUAUUAUGGAAAGAACAGCUCAAAUAAGCAAAGAGAAACGACAGUCCAUGAUUACUUUAAGACAUGAAGGUCAGUCAAUACGGAAAAUGUCAAGAACUUUGAAAGUUUCUUCAAGUGCAGUCGCAAAAACCAUCAAGCGCUUUGAUGAAACUGGCUCUCAUGAGGACCGCCACAGGAAUGGAGGACCCAGAGUUACCUCUGCUGCAGAGGAUAAGUUCAUUAGAGUUACCAGCCUCAGAAAUUGCAGCCCAAAUAAAUGCUUCACAGAGUUCAAGUCACAGACACAUCUCAACAUCAACUGUUCAGAGGGGACUGUGUUAAUCAGGCCUUCAUGGUCAAAUUGCUGCAAAGAAACCACUAGUAAAGGACACCAAAAAGAAGAUUAGACCUGCUUGGGCCAAGAAAACACGAGCAAUGGACAUAAGACCUGUGGAAAUCUGUCCUUUGGUCUGGAGUCCAAAUCUCCAAUUUGGACUCCAGACCUAAAGAAUGGGCUUUAGGUGAGGCAGGUGAACCUGUAGCUAUAUUACUUCAACAGUAUUUAACAUGAGAUCAUGUCUAAGCUUUACAGGAAUGUGGUUCUUAAUAUAGUAUGCAAUACCGCCCCUAUUGGCAUUUCUGUCUUUUCUGUAGAUGUUAUAACCAUGUAUUGCUACCACUGUAUCAUCAAAGAUAUUAUCUAAAUGAGUUUCAGAAAUAGUCAGAAUAUGAAUGUAAUAUGUUACUAGCAAGUUAUUGACUUCAUGAACCUUGUUUCUUAGGCUACAUACGUUAACAUUUUCAGCACUUUUCUGGGAUGCUUGAUUGUUUUCAUUGCUUUACUGGGAAGCUUAGCAGAAGUAGACAUGCUCAUGCUUAGGGCUGUGGCGGUCAUGAAAUUUUGUCAGCCGGUGAUUGUCAAGCAAAUCACGGUAAUUGACCAUUCAUUAAUAUAAACACAUUUAGCAUCUCCUGGCUUCCACACAUAGCCUACAAGCUACUGAUGCAGACCUUUGGAACAUCUACAUUUAAAAAAGUAUAAUAAAUCCAUGUAAUAUAGCCUACACCAUCACAAUAAAUCCAUGAUUUAUUUUAGACCGUUGUAAAGAAACAUGAUAUGAAGAAAAUGUUGUCUAUUUCAGAAGAACAUAAUAGCAUACUCUGAGUUGUCCUCAUGUUAGGGCCUGAUCUGGCAAUGCCAUAUGGCUGUGGGCUACACUAGUUCAUUUAGCAGACAAGAUUUGCUUAGAAUUCCGUGGCAUUAUUUUAUAUUAAUUUAUAGUAUGAAGAAUACAAUUGAACAUAGCUGAAUAAAAUAGAAAAUGCAUUUUCUCCAAACGAUUUGAGGGAGUGCGCACAUGCGGCUAUUCGGUGUUGAGCAGUUAACAAAGAAACAGGCUAUGUGCUUAAUUUAGUUAUUUAUGUAACUUUAGUUGUGAUACAAAUGUUGGGCUAUGUGUUUAGAUUUUUAGGCUGCAUGAUGAUGUGAAAAAAGUUGCUUGAAAGGCAUGAGCUCUGCUUAGUUUUUUGCGCAGGCUGUACACACUUCAUCAGUCUCUCAUUCACAAUUUGACAAGCACUUGAUAAUGCCUCGAAUUUCCCGUAAUGACCCCUAAAAAAAAUCCAUGCCUUUUGUGGCCAGUGGCCGUUGUGCCCUUGGGCUGAAAAUAAUAAUAAUAAUUCCCUUCUCCUGGCUGCGUGCCGAAGCACCUCUCACUCACAUGGCUCUCCGUCAUAUAAUCGGUCUUUCUCACAAGCUACAAGUGAAGACGGACACAUCGGGGACGCAACUACACGUGUCCUUAUCCAAUUCCGAGGUGCAUAUUGAAGAUAUUGGAAGAACUUUCCACAUUUACUUUUCAUCAGCCAACAAGAUGAGUAGGCCUAAUGAACAGCAAAAGCACUAGCCUAUGUCAAUCUACUAUCCCCCAUAGUAUAAAAGUUGACCUAUUUAGCGGAAACAAAUACAUCUCAUCUAUGCACUUAAAUAGCGAAUGGAGGACGCUUUUCCCGUGGUUCAUUUUCAUCCCAGACAGGUAGGCUAUAGUCCUGUUGUAAAGCGAAGCAAUGUGCUUAAUAUUAGGAAAGUAGAGAAAUAAAUAUAGUAGGCCUAGCCUAUAGAAAGCUGAUGGGAUCCUCCUCUUUUUAAUAGAGGCCAUCACUCUGUUUUCUUGCGCAAUUGCAUAGCCUAUAGAAAUGUUGCGCAACAUGAGCUCAUGGGCUCUCAUGUAGUGUUUCAUUAAAUGUUCGAUUACAUUUGCUUUGAUGUCAUAGUGAUUAGAGGGACAAUAGAGUGCUGAGUACCAGGCAGGUAGCAAGUUUGGUAGGCUACUAAUGACCAUCGGUAGCAUCAGAGCUUGGAGAAACCUUAUUACCGUGACUACACGGUCAUGUGGAAUUUGACUGCCAUCAUGACUCGUGACUGCCGGUGUGGCGGUAAUACGGUCACCGUAACAGCUCUGCUCAUGCUAUUUAUGUUAGUGCAGGGUGAGCUGCACACAGUGGACUUCCUACUAGAGCACGCCUCAAUGCUAACAGUAUAAAUCUGGUUCAUAGGCACAUGAUUACGGCAUACAAUAGCUGUAUGAGCAGCAGAAGCAUUCAUGGUAGUUAGAGGGACAUAAAUUAGGUUACUUACAUUGUGUCUUCCAACACCCCUGGUAUAAUGUACAUUUGCUGAAGCAUUAUGACAACUCAGCAUCACAAUUGUAGGGAUUAACUGAGCAGGAUUGGGUCAUUGAUAGUCAUUGUCAUUGUCUCAACGCAGCCUUAAAAUGCUGUGAAAGGAUCCAGGAACCCAAAUGAUUUGGGUGGAUCCCAUCCUCCUUAUAAAACGAGCUUUGUUUCCAGAAGGUAUCAAAAUUGUCAAUAAAUAUUACACCCACAGAGCUGCAAUAGUCUCGUAGCCAGUUAUGGAGGUCUAAAAGUCUGCUGAAACGUUCAAUGCCACGGUUUAGGGAGGGCAGAGGGCCAGAUAUUAUGGGGAGUUUGUUGGUGUCAAGCAGUGACCCAAUCAGUUCUUUAAAAUCCAUCUUUAGCUGUUCUGAGCUGCCCUUCAUAAUGUCAUUGAAUCCCACAUUAACUAUGAUAGACUCAAUUUCCUGAUGCAGGUUUAAAAUGUUUGGGAGCAGCUUAUUGAUUUCCUGUACUCGUGCUCCUGGAUAGCACAACGUUUUUGCUCCAGGUACUGAGACAUUUCUCACCAUUGAACUGCCCAAUACAACGGCCGGAGAAGGGAAUGGAGAAAUCCGCCCAUUCCUACCCCUCACACAAUUCGUUGAACCUUUCACGGUUCAAUGAUUUGACAUGAUUUGUAUCUGUCUUGUGUGAAUGUUGCCGUUAUAUUGCGGUCAUAUGUUUAAUUGACAUAUCUCAUCUGACUUGCCACAACUAUAGUUCCCUCUGGGAAUAAUACAGCUAUUAUAUUCUAUCCUAUUCUAUUCUAUUUAUCCUGUUGCCUGCUUGUCCCAGGCCUUUGAGAGCACGCUGAAGUCGUGGGAAGACAAGCAGAGGUGCGAGUUCCCCCGUCCGCUGCCCCAGUAUGCAUUGCAGCCGGAGAUCGUAUCCGAGGAAGAAGCCUCCCAGAUCAACGUGUUUGGCCAGGCGGCCGGCGCCCUCAUCCACAGGUAAGAUACAAUUAAUAAUAGCAUUAGAUUAAAGCAGGGUAGGGUUCAAUUCCAUUUAGAUUGAAAAUUGUCGCAGACCAUGAUAUACAGUGCCCUCGUGGGUUAUCUAACGGCCAAACUAUACCAGACACUCAAAUGCUCUGUUUGCUGUUUCUGGCCAAAAACAGCACUUACAGAACGCUUGUGAUAUGCUUGCAGUGUAGUUUCCCAGUAACAUUAGUAGUUCGAUGUCGUAACGAACUGUGUGUGUUCCCAGUAUCCGAGAGAUCGCCCAGUCCCACCACAGUAUGGAGCAGGAGCUAGCUCAUGCCGUCAACGCAAGCUCAAAGGCCAUGGACGUGGUCUACGCCAACUCCAAGAGCACAGGGGUACGUGGGGCUCCUGUUCUACCUUUCUUUUAUACCAGUCAACCAACUUCUAGUAAUACAGGGGUGCCCAACAUACGGCCCACGUGGCAAAUGCGGCAGUGCCAAUCUUUUUUGGCUCAUACGGUGCCUUCAGAAAGUAUUAAUACUUAUUCCACAUUUUGUUGUGUUACUGCCUGAAUUCAUAAUAGAUUAAAUAUAUUGUUUGCUCACCCAUCUACACACCAUACUCCAUAAUGACAAAGUGAAAACAUGGUUUUUGAAAUUUUGUAAAUGUAUUGAAAAGGAAAUAGAGAAAUAUGACAUUUACAUAAGUAUUCACACCCCUUAGUGAAUAUUCACUUUUGGCAGCGAUGACAGCUAUGAGUCUUUCUGGGUAAGUCUCUAAGAGCUUUCCACACCUGGAUUGUGCAACAUUUGCCCAUUUAUUCUUUAAAAAAUUCUUCAAGCUCUGUGAAAUUGGUUGUUGAUCAUUGCUAGACAACACUUUUCAGGCCUUGCCAUAGAUUUUCAAGUAGAUUUAAGUCAAAACUGUAACUCAGCCACUCAGGAACAUUCACUGUCUUCUUCGUAAGCAACUCCAGUGUAGAUUUGGCCUUGUGUUUUAGGUUAUUGUCCUGCUGAAAGGUGAAUUCACCUCCCAGUGUCUGGUGGAAAGCAGACCUAAACCAGGUUUUACUCUAGGAUUUUGCCUGUGCUUGGCUUCAUUCCGUUUCUUUUUUAUACUGAAAAACUCCCUAGUCCUUAAUGAUUACAAGCAUACCCAUAACAUGAUGCAGCCAACACUGUGCUUGAAAAUAGAAACUGGUACUCAGUAAUGUGUUGUAUUGGAUUUGCCCGAAACGUAACACUUUGUAUUCAGGACAAAAAGUUCAUUGCUUUGCCACAUUUUUUUCUGGCCUUUUUUUUCGUUGAGUUCUCGAAUUCAAUAUAAUUUAUUGCGGCAGAACAUAGGAAAAAGAGUUGUGUUCUGUUCAUAAAUAUGGAUUCCCCCUGUGAAGAAACAGUAUAUUAUAAUACCAUAAGCCACAAACUUACGGCAGUAAAACCUAUCCUCCCAACCACCUCGAGUCUCCUGCUUUCACUCAAUUCCCUGGUUUAAUAAGAGCAAUGGGAGUCAGUUGCAGCCAAAUAUAUUGGCACCCUUGCGCUUUUCUUAAAUAAUUCCCUAUUUCUUCAAAAAAAUUACUUUAUUGGAUUUUCAACAUUGCAGAAUUGAUUUUAUUUUUGUAAACUUAAGUUUACGAUUUUAAUUUAGAAAAGAAAGACAAAUUGCAUGGACAAAAUUAUUGGCACCUCGUAAGCUAGUACUUGGUUGCACAGCCUUUGGCCAAGAUAACUGCAGACAAACGCUUAUUGUAGUCAUCAAUUAGCUUUCUGCACCUUUCUACCUUAAGGUUGGCCCACUUUUCAGCAGCAAACUGCUCUAAUUCUUCAAUAUUUGAGUGGUGCCCUCCACCAAGUGCUGUUUUCAGAUCUCGCCAUAGGUUUUGGAUGUUCCAGAUAUGGACUCUUCGCUGGCCACUACAGAACAGUUCACCAUCUCUUCUUAACCCUUCCUGGGUGCUCUUUUUUAAUGUGUGUUUGGGGUCGUUGUUCUGCUGGAAGACCCACAACCUUCAAUGGAGACACUGGGUUGAACAUUGGACUAAAAAACACCUGAUAAUCUGCUGAUUUCAUGAUCCCUUAUGCACGUUCAAGGGCCACCCGGGGCCAGAGGCAGGAAGGUAACCCCAAAGCAUACCCAUAUUUGAUUGUAGAAAGGGUUUUAUUUUUAUUGAAUGCUUCAUUUGGUCAUCAGUAAACACCGCGCUGAUCUGUAUUCCCAAAGAGCUCUAAUCUUUUUUCAUUGUUCCACAGAACAUUCCCCCCAGGGUUUAGGCUUGUGUAGGUGGGUUUUUGAGAAGUUCAAUCAGGCUUUCUUGUGUCUCCUUCAGCAUUGGGGUCUUCCUAUGUUUACCAACGGCCAAAUGAAGCUUUCAAAGAAAAGAACACCCUCCCUACAAUCUAUUAUUAGGGAGGUUCAAUAAUGCUGUGGGAUUGCUUUGCUGCCUCUGGGGGCCUUGAAUGUGUGCAAGGUAUCAUGAAAUCAGCAUAUUAUCAAGGUGUUUUGGAGUGCAAUGUUCAACCCAGUGUCCAAAAACUGUCUCUGUUAAAGGUUGUGGGUCUUCCAGUUGGACAACAACCCAAAACACAUUAAAAAAAAGCACCCUGGAAUGGUUCAAGAAGAAACACUGAACUGUUCUGGAGUUGCCAGUGAUGAGUCCAGAUCUGAAUUGCGAGAGCUGAAAACAGCAGUUGGUGGAGGGCACCCCUGCUGAAAAGUGGGCCAAAUUGCCAGUAGAAGCAAGCUCAUUGAUGGCUACAAGAAGCAUUUGUAGGCAGUUACACUACAUGGACAAAAGUAUGUGGACACCUGCUCGUCGAACACCUCAUUCCAAAAUAUCAUUUCAGCCACAAGAGCAUUAGUGAGGUCGGCACUGAUGUUGGGCGAUCAGGCCUGGCUCGCAGUCAGGGUUCCAAUUCAUCCCAAAGGUGUUUGAUGGGGUUGAGGACAGGGCUCUGUGUAGGCUAGUCAAGUUCUUCCACACCAAUCUCGACAAACCAUUUCUGUAUGGACCUCGCUUUGUGCACGGGGACAUUGUUAUACUGAAACAGGAAAGUGCCUUCCCAAACUAUUGCCACAAAGUUGGAAGCACAGAAUCAUCUAGAAUGUCAUUGUAUGCUGUAGCGUUAAGAUUUCCCUUCACUGGAACUAAGGGGCCUAGACCGAACCAUGAAAAACAGCCCCAGACCAUUAUUCCUCCUCCACCAAACUUUACAGUUGGCACUAUGCAUUCGGGCAGGUAGUGUUCUCUUGGCAUCCGCCAAACCCAGAUUCAUCCAUUCGGACUACCAGAUGGUGGAGCGGGAUUCAUCACUCCAGAAAACGCAUUUCCACUGCUGCACAGUCCAAUUGCGGCAAGCUUUACACCACUCCAGCCAACGCUUGGCAUUGCGCAUGGUGAUCUUAGGCUUGUGUGCGGCUGCUCGGCCGUGGAAACCCAUUUCAUGAAGCUCCCGAAGAGCAGUUCUUGUGCUGACGUUGCUUCCAGAGGCAGUUUGGAACUCAGUAGUGAGUGUUGCAACCGAGGACAGACGAUAUUUACGCGCUACGCACUUCAGAACUCAGUGGUCCCGUUCUGUGAGCUUGUGUGGCCUACCACUUCACGGCUGCGCCGUUGUUGCUCCUAGACGUUUCCACUUCACAACAAUAGCACUUACAGUUGACCUGGGAAGCUCUUGCAGGGCAGAAAUUUGAUUGGUUGCAUCCUAUGACGGUGCCACAUUGAAAGUCACUGAGUUCUUCAGUAAGGCCAUUCUACUGCCAAUGUUUGUCUAUGGAGAUUGGAUGGUGGUGUGCUCAAUUUUAUACACCUGUCAGCAACGGGUGUGUCUGAAAUAGCCAAAUCCACUAAUUUGAAGGGGUGUCCACAUACUUUUGCAUAUAUAGUGUAUCUUAGUCAAAAGCUGUGCAACCAAGUACUAGCUCCGGGGUGCCAAUAAUUUUGUCCAUGCCGUUUGUCAUUAAUUUAUCAAUUCAAAUUGUAAACUUAAGUUUACAAUAAUACAAUUGGUUCUAUAAUGUUGAAAAUCCAAUAAGGUGUGGAGACCAAAAGUUGUUCAAUUUCAACUUAUUUUAGAAGAAAUAGGGAAUUAUUUCAGAAAAGUGCAAGGUUGCCAAUAUAUUUGGCCGCAACUGUAUGAAAGGGAAAGUGGUAUACCUAGUCAGUUGUACAACUGAAUGCAUUCAACUGAAAUGUGUCUUAUGUGUUUAACCCAACCCCUCUGAAUCAGAGAGGUUAGAGCUAGGUGAGUUGUAGGUUACAGAGGAUACAGUAAAGUGAAGGGGAAAUCUAGAUUUUUUGAAUUAUUUAAUGAUAUAUAUUGAUAUAUAUUUGGCUAAGGUGUAUGUAAACUUCCGACUUCAACUGUAUCCACUCUAGCAGAGCCCUUAUGGCAAAGUGACGGAUAUGACCUUGCAUUCUUCCCCCAAUGUCAUCAAUGUUCCUAAGCCUAUAAGAGGCUGCUCUCUAGUGGUCAAAUAGAGGCACUAACACCACAACAUUAGGAUUUGCAGUUGGAUGUUCAUUUUGUAAGUAAUCAAAACAUUUGAAAUGCAAUGAAAAUAUAUUUGUUUUAUGUAGGCCUACCACUUUUUUUAAGAAAAUAUGUUUUUAUGGCGUAAAACGCCCUGGAGGGGGGUGCCCUGCAGGAAAACACCAGAGGUGUGGCGCAAAGUCCCUCAGAUCUGGAACAAAGUCAAAACAUGACAUUGGGUAGUAGGGUUAAUGUUAGUGUCAGUAUACUAUCUAACUGUCAGUAUACUAUCAUCUGUCUUUCUCAGUCUUCCAUCUCUGUUAAUCACCCUUCUCUCUCUCUCUCUCUCUCUCUCUCUCUCUCUCUCCCACUCCUUACUGAGGGCCCUUUUAUCUUCCUCACAUCUUUUUGUCCUUAAUCAUGGCCUCUCUCCUCCUUAUUUAGAGUCUUCUAAAUCUCCUCAAGCCUCUGCCUCUGAUGGUCGAUGGCGUCGCUGCAACAUUCUCUCCUGGCCCUCCCACCUCAUCGUCAACUUCUCCUUCUCCAUAUCUAUCUUUUCUCUUUGUUGGUGUUUGUUUCUUCAUCAACUCCUCUUUCUCAAUAUUCUGUCUGUUUCUCUCAAGCUCCUACCGCACUCUCUCUAUUUCCACAUUCCUCUGCACCUCGUCUUAUUUCUAUUUCACCACCUCAACCAGGAUCAUUGCCGUUUCCUUCUCCUUGAAGGCUGCUCAUAUCUCCUCCAUCCAUUCUGCCUUGAGGGCCACCUGCUGUUCCUUUCUCCUAAGAAUGUUCUUCUCUGACCCCAGCUGCUUCCAUUUCUCUCCUCCCAACCACCUCCUCCCUCUUGUCCAUCUCUAUUCCUAAUUACUUUCAUGGCCCCAGUCGCAUUUACAACCAAAUUAUUUUCCUGUGCAAAUUCCAUUGAAGAUUCUGGGGUGGUUGCAGCCCUAAAAGAUUACAGUUCAUUAAUUGAUAUGAAUCACACCUAAGUAUUUAUCACCUGAAAGUGUGGGGUGCUGAUAGUACAGUUCUACUGUAGAAGACUUCAGAAACCUGCCACUCAUCUUAUUCUGUGUUGGCUGCCUUUUUGAUCUUUUUUUCACAUGUAAUAAUAAUAAAUAAAGAAUCCCAAAAAUAUAUGAACAGAUACAAAACAAAAUGUUGGUAUUUUGUUGAGUGAUCUUCUGAAUCGUGCUCAAACUGCUAUCCAAAAUUAAAUGGAAUGAGAAGUUAAUGUAUUUGGAAUGUUUACAUAGAACUGGUAGUUGUUAUGGCCUCAUUAUUCUAUGAAUCAUUAUACAAUGGGUGGGUCUAAUCCUGAAUGCUGAUUGGUUAAAACCGCAUUCCAGCCGGUGUCUAUUCCACAAGUUUCCACCGGCUAAAUCUAUGACGUUAAAAUGCCUAUUUACUCUGUUCCAUCUGACUGCAAAAUCCACUGUCUCAUCAGCCCAGCCAGGCACUUUAUGAACUUGAUCUCCACUAUAAAAAGCAUUAUCUUACAUUUCUUUUAGACUAACAUUUCGUUUUCAACAGCGGAGAUUUGUAUAAACCUUGUCUGUCUCUCCGACAUUUGCGACAUUGUGUCAAUAUUCAAAUUUGAUCUCCAGCUGUCCCAUAGUAAUGAACGUGUCGCGUGUUGGGACGAGACAGACAGGCAGGCAGCGUUUCUCAGCCAGUCGAAAUCAUGAAUCAGCUGGCAUCAUUUUAAUGGAUAUAUACAAAGAAAUGUCAAUAGAAAAAAGGUAAAACAAGCACCUAGUUUGCAGUCUUUCCAGCUUCAGUUUGAAGUGAUUGUAUUAGCUGUGUUGUUGGCUAGCUCCUCUGAACAACAGUGUCCUGAUGAGCGAGCACAUUUUCAGGCCAAAUCGCGCCUCAUUAGCUCAUUGUUAUGGAUGUACAGUACCAGUCAAAAGGUUGGACACACCUACUCAUUCAAGAGUUAAAAUUUUUUUUACAUUGUAGAAUAAUAGUGAAGACUUCAAAACUAUGAAAUAACAUAUAUGGAAUCAUGUAGUAACCAAAAAAGUGUUAAACAAAUCAAAAUAUAUUUUAUAUUUGAGAUUCUUCAAAUAGCCACCCUUUGCUUUGAUGACAGCUUUGCACACUCUUGGCAUUCUCUCAACCAGUGCUUUUCCAACAGUCUUGAAGGAGUUCCCACAUAUGCUGAGCACUUGUUGGCUGCUUUUCCUUCACUCUGCUGCCCGACUCAUCCCAAACCAUCUCAAUUGGGUUGAGGUCGGGGGAUUGUGGAGGCCAGGUCAUCUGAUGCAGUACUCCAUCACUCUCCUUCUUGGUAAAAUAGCCCUUACACAGCCUGGAGGUGUGUUGGGUCAUUGUCCUGUUGAAAAACAAAUGAUAGUCCUACUAAGCCCAAACCAGAUGGGAUUGCGUAUCGCUGCAGAAUGCUGUUAAGUGUGCCUUGAAUUCUAAAUAAAUCACAGACAGUGUCACCAGCAAAGCACCCCCACACCAUAACACCUCCUCCUCCAUGCUUUACGAUGGGAACUACACAUGCGGAGAUCCUCCGUUCACCCACACCGCAUCUCACAAAGACACAGCGGUUGGAACCAAAAAUCUCAAUUUUGGACUCCAGACCAAAGGACACAUUUCCACUGGUCUAAUGUCCAUUGCUUGUGUUUCUUGGCCCAAGCAGGUCUCUUCUUCUUAUUGGUGUCCUUUAAUAGUGGUUUCUUUGCAGCAAUUCGACCAUGAAGGCCUGAUUCACACAGUCCCCUCUGAACAGUUGAUGUUGAGAUGUGUCUGUGACUUGAACUCUGUGAAGCAUUUAUUUGGGCUGCAAUUUCUGAAGCUUGUAACUCUAAUGAACUUAUCCUCUGCAGCAGAGGUAACUCUGGGUCUUCCAUUCCUGUGGCGGUCCUCAUGAGAGCCAGUUUCAUCAUAGCGCUUGAUGGUUUUUGCGACUGCACUUGAGGAAACGUUCAAAGUUACCCCAUAAUGACAAAGCAAAAACAUGUUUUUAUAAAUUUUUGCAAAUAUCACAUUUACAUAAGUAUUCAGACAUUUUACUCAGUACUUUGUUGAAGCACCUUUUGCAGCGAUUACAGCCUCAAGUCUUCUUCGGUAUGACGCUACAAGCAUGGCACACCUGUAUUUGGGGAGUUUCUCCCAUUCUUCUCUGCAGAUCCUCUCAAGCUCUGUCAGGUUGGAUGGGGAGCGUCGCGGCACAGCUAUUUUCAGGUCUCUCCAGAGAUGUUCGAUCGGGUUUGGGCUCUGGCUGGGCCACUCAAGGACAUUCAGAGACUUGUCCCGAAGCCACACCUGUGUUGCCUUGGCUGUGUGCUUAGGGUCGUUGUCUUGUUGGAAGGUGAACCUUCGCCCCAGUCUGAGCACCUGAGCAUUCUGGAGCAGGUUUUCAUCAAGGAUCUCUCUGUACUUUGCUCCGUUCAUCUUUCCCUCGAUCCUGACUAGUCUCCCAGUCCCUGCCGUUGAAAAAUAUCCCCAUGCACCACCAUGCUUCACCGUAGGGAUGGUGCCAGGUUUCCUCCAGAUGUGACGCUUGUAAUUCAGGCCAAAGAGUUCAAUCUUGGUUUCGUCAGACCAAAGAAUCUUGUUUCUCAUGGUCAGAGUCCUUCAGGUGCAUUUUAGCAAAUUCCAAGUGGGCCGUCAUGUGCCUUUUACUGAGGAAUGGCUUCCGUCUGGCCACUCUACCACAAAGGCCUGAUUGGUGGAGUGCUGCAGAGAUGGUUGUCCUUCUGGAAGGUUCUCCCACCUCCACAGAGGAACUCUGGAGCUUUGUCAGAGUGACCAUCUGGUUCUUUGUCACCUCCCUGACCAAGGCCCUUCUCCCCCGAUUGCUCAGUUUGGCUGGGUGGCCAGCUCUAGGAAGAGUCUUGGUGGUUCCAAACUUCUUCAAUUUAAGAAUGAUGGAGGCCACUGUGUUCUUGAGGACCUUCAAUGCUGCAGAAAUUUUUUAGUAACCUUCCCCAGAUUUGUGCCUCGACACGAUCCUGUCUCGGACCUCUAUGGACAAUUCCUUUGACCUCAUGGCUUGGUUUUUGCUAUGACAUGCACUGUCAACUGUGGGACUUUAUAUAGACAGGUGUGUGCCUUUCCAAAUCAAGUCCAAUCAAUUGAAUUUACCACAGGUGGACUCCAAUCAAGUAGAAACAUCUCAAGGAUGAUCAAUGGAAACAGGAUGCACCUGAGCUCAAUUUUGAGUCUCAUAGCAAAGGGUCUGAAUACUUAUGUAAAUAAGGUAUUUCUGUUUUUUAAUACAUUUCAAAACAUUUCUAAAAACCUGUUUUUGCAUUGUCAUUAUGGGGUAUUGGAGGAAACCUGGCACCAUCCCUACAGUGAAGCAUGGUGGUGGCAGUAUCAUGAUGUGGGGAUGGAGGGGACCAAGAACCCAAUGGUCACUCUGACAGAGCUCCAGAGUUCCUCUGUGGAGAUGGGAGAACCUUCCAGAAGGACAACCAUCUCUGCAGUACUCCACCAAUCAGGCCUUUAUGGUAGAGUGGCCAGACGGAAGCCACUCCUCAGUAAAAGGCACAUGACAGCCCGCUUGGAGCUUGCCAAAAGGCACCUAAAGGACUCUCAGACCAUUAAAAACAAGAUUAUCUGGUCUGAUGAAACCAAGAUUGAACUCUUUGGCCUGAAUGCCAAGCGUCACGUCUGGAGGAAACCUGAUACCAUUCCUACGGUGAAGCAUGGUGGUGGCAGCAUCAUGCUGUGGGGACAUUUUUCAGCGGCAGGGAAAGAUGAACGGCGCAAAGUACAGAGCGAUCCUUGAUGAAAACCUGCUCCAGAGCGCUCAGGACCUCAGACUGGGGCGAAGGUUCACCUUCCAACAGGACAACUACCCUAAGCACACAGCCAAGACAACGCAGGAGUGGCUUCGGGACAAGUCACUGAAUGUCCUUGAAUGGCCCAGCCAGAGCCCAAACUUGAACCCGAUUGAACAUCUCUGGAUAGACCUGAAAAUAGCUGUGUAGCGACGCUCCCCAUCCAACCUGACAGAGCUUGAGAGGAUCUGCAGAGAAGAAUGGGAGAAACUCCCCAAAUACAGGUGUGCCAAGCUUGUAGCGUCAUACCCAAGAAGACUUGAGGCUGUAAUCGCUGCCAAAGGUGCUUCAACAAAGUAUUGAGUAAAGGGUCUGAAUACUUAUGUAAGUGUGAUAUUUGCAAAAAUUUAUAAAAACCUAUUUUUGCUUUGUCAUUAUGGGGUAUUGUGUGUAGAUUGAUGGGGGGGGGGACAAUUUAAUCUAUUUUAGAAUAAGGCUGUAAUGUAACAAAAUGUGUAAAAAGUCAAGGGGUCUGAAUACUUUCUGAAUGCACUGUACACCUUAAAUUGUAAAAUGACAUUAUGUUUUGUGCUUUGAUGAUUUGUGUCUUGGGAUUAAGCCGAUAUGGGCUGGGCAGUAGGCACCAAAUGGUGUAUGACACUGAAAUAAAAUCAGUCAAUCAAAUAUCGACACAAUCACACACAUUCAAUGCACAUUGUCCCCCUGCUUCUUUGGUUAACUAAAUGCAUCUGCUCUUUGCAAUGUGUUUGUGUUCAUCUCUGUUCUACGCAGGGUUUGAACUGCAGAGUUGUGGUUCAGAUGGUCAGUAACGUCAAGGCCCUUCACAGUGAGACAGAGCUGCUACUGGCAGGCAAGAUGUGUCUGGUAAGUCUCAAAGCUGUUGUCUGCCUGUGUAGGUGCAGCUGCAUGUGUGCGUUUGUGUGUGUGUGGCGGUUAUGUUUUUGUAACCGAGUAUGUCUUCUCAGCAGUUGGACCCUCCUCAGAAGGAGCAGUUGACUGGAGCCCUGGGCACUGUGGCCCAGCAGCUACUCAGACUGCCAGACAUACCCUGGCUGGGUCAGCUCAUCGAACCUGGGGAUGAUGAGGUAGAUCUAGAUGCUACCACACACACUAUUCACACCAGCCACUUACCUCAGUGUUUUUCAAUCUUAGUCCUAGGGACCCAAAGGGGAGUACAUUUUAGUCCCAGUCUAGUAAUACCAAACCUGAUUUAACCCAUUACACUUAUUGGAAUUGGCCUAUAUGGAUAGGGCUACAUUGAAAUGUUUCUUACAGAAGUUGAAAUAUGAAAAGCACCUAUAACCAUGGUAAAAAUUAAAGGGAACAGUUUGGAGAUUAUGGGAAAAUUAUUAGACUAAAGAUGAGAACACAACAGUUCACCUGACACAAGACUGAAUCCAAACAUUACACUGUUGAUUUUAUGUGCAUUUGUAGUUGUUUUCUUUGGAACACAGCCCUACAUCCCCACCUUUACACAACUACAGUUGUUGUUUCCACAAUCCAAAAAGCGGUCCAUUAUAAAUCGCAAUCUGGUCAGGUGGGCAUAAUUUGAAAGCUUGUUCUAUUGCCAAAAUGACUAGCUAAAUUAUCAAAUACGAUUUUACAGUGUUAGGCUUUCACUUGGAGGCCACUUCUUGUUGCGUGUGGUGCUCAAGUUCAGAACAGCUGUCAUCAAAACCCAUACAGCGAUGUGAAGCACAGAGCCUGAGCUCUGAUGUCAUGUAUAGCAUGCCACUGUGUUCCAAUUUAGGCACUUAUCAGUGUCCAAAUCUGCAAUUUUGUAAAGGGCUAACUAAUCAAGGUCUUGAUGAUUGAUUAAUUGAAUCAGGUCGGUGUGUUAGUGCUAGGCUAGAGUAAAACUGUUCAACUCUGUAGUCCAUAGUACUGGACAGUCUAUAUCACCCAAUGUCUAACCUGUCUUUCUGCAGGGACACCUGACGGAUUUCUCCAAGCGUAGCCGCAGUGCCAAGUUCCGUCUCGUCCCCAAGUUCAAGAAGGACAAAAACAACAAGAACAAGGAGGCCUGUGCCACUCUCACACUGCCAGGUACUAUCUACCUCUCUCUCUCACAGCAAUUAAUCUGGAACACUCUGGGUUAAAUCAUGUUUGGACAAUGACAAUUCAUGGUCAACACUCUUUGAAAAUCACAUUCAAUUCUUUCUGAGGUCGCCACAAACUUCCACACGCCACCGAUCUCUCUGAUCGUUUAACCAAUCAGAAAAUACCUUUGUUCUGAUUGGCUAUCAUAAGCAGAGCUCCUGGCCCAGUGGCUCCAGGUAGAAGUCUACCCGUUUACGCAGAUCUUUAAUCAGCUUACCCUGAUCUUAACUUUAACCAUUCAAAGUUAAAAAACACAAAACUGACCUUAGAUCAGCAUCUUCUGACAACCUGAUCUUACCCUGGCCCAGUGUGUUUAUGGUCUGGAGUAGGUCGAAGUUCCCCCUAACCACUGAUACAGGGUCAUAUAUUUUCUCAUCCCCCUAAUGGUUAAAAUUAGGUUUGGGGGUAAGGUAUUCUGAGCCUUGAGCUAUGUUUAAGGGCAACUUUUACCUGGAGCUCUGUGGUCCAGAGAGUGAUCUGGAGUAGGUCAGAGUUUCCCCUAACCAUUGAUACACGGUCAGAUUUUCUAUCAUCCCUGUAAUGGUCAACGUUAGAAUUGAGGGUAGGUUCAUCUGAUCCUAGAGCUGCGGUUAAGGGCUAUGGCAGGGUUGUGGCGUCUCUCUGUCCGUGGUGUGGUUGGGGGUCUGAAGGGGGUCUUGCUUUCUGCAGUGCACCAGUGGGGCACAGAGGAGGUAGCCGCCUGGCUGGAGCUCAUCUGUCUCACCGAGUACAAGGAGAUCUUUAUUGGGCACGACGUGCGCGGCGCCGAGCUGCUGCACCUGGAGAGGAGGGACCUCAAG